CCGUCAUCUGUCACUAGAGAAAAAUUGUAUUGGAAGGUUUCGGCGGGACGGGAAUGGCGAGGCAUCGCAGAUUCGGGGUGGAGAGGGUUUGGCUCUGCAUCAUCAUCUCAUACUCUGUUUCGUGUUUCUUGCUCAAUUCUCUUCUUGAAUUAUAUAUGUAUAUCACUGCGAGUAUAUAUACACACACACAGUGAGAGAGUUGAGUUGAGCGAGCCUGCAACUUCUCGCCAUGGAGAAGCAGAUUCUGGAGAUCAACUUGAUCUCCGCACAGGGUUUAAAAACUCCGUCCGCCAAUUUGCGCCGGAUGCAAACCUACGCCGUCACCUGGAUUAACCCCGCCACAAAGCUCCGCACCAGCGUCGAUUCCGUCGGCGUAGAAAACCCCACCUGGAACGACAAAUUCCUCUUCCGAGUGUCCAAUGAAUUCAUUUCCGGCGAUACCUCCGCCGUUGCCGUCGAGAUUUACGCCGUCGGGUGUAUUAAGGAUUUUCUUAUCGGCACCGUGCGUUUUUUGCUGAGUACGUGUUUGAAGAGAACGAAGCCAGGGGAGAGAUCAAUCGGAACUCCUUCCUUCACCGCCUUACAGAUUCGCCGUCCUUCCGGUAGAUUCCAAGGCGUUCUCAACAUUGCCGCUGCAGUCUACCAUUCUUCCGAUUACGCGAUUCUGGACAAACUUUCAGCCGUAAGUUUCCGAGAAUUGAUGAAGAAGAAGGAAAGCGAAGCGCAUCGUCUUCGGAGGCUGAGCCGCGGAGGAUCGAGGCGGAGCCAGCCGUCCUCCGGAGGCGAAUCUUGUGAUCUCUCUGACGGUGCAGAUUCGUCGACGUCUUCCUCGUCGACGGCCUCAACGGCGUUGAAAGAGUGGAACAGUGUACGAGAAACGGCGGGAAAGAUGAAAGGGGCGAAAUCGGACGGCAGCGGAUUGCUGUGCGGUUUGGUGACGCCGAGAAAGAUCCCAUUCUGUCCGCCGGAUCAGAAUCUCGAGUUCUGGGCGAAAGCUUUUGAAGAGAACGAUUAAUCGACGGCCAAGAUUCGAGCAGAAAUGGACGGCUACGAUGGCAUGAAUGGCACUCACAAAGAUCAGAGUGUUGAAAGAUGACUCGGCCGCUAAAUCUUUUUGCUGCGGUAAUUUGAUGAAUUUCAAAGAGGAAUUUUUGAGCGGGUAAAAGUUGUUGGAGUGAAGAAACUAUUCUUUUACUUAAGAAAUCCAUUUGAAUGUGGAGAUUGAAUUUCCCACACUACUUUCUUUCGUUUCGUCUUCUUUCAUUUCUUAAAAGCAAUCUUCAGUGUGUUCUUUAGCUGAGUGAUGGAAUGAUUGUUUGAUUAUAUGCUAUUUCUUGCUUCUCAUGCUAUUAUCUAUAUAUCUGUUAGAUGAAGACUUCUGCAAGAAAUCUGGCGUUGUUAAAACCUGAUUGGGUUCUUGAUCUCAGAAUUAAGAUGGAAUUAGUUGAAUGAGUGGACUGAAAUCUGAGUUAGUUCAGGUGAGAUUAGGUUAAUUUGCAAAUUGAAUUGCUUUUCCUUCGCCAUUAAAACUAGACUCGACUGACCAGACUAGCCAGUAUUCAAAAGCACACAGCAAUUGUUGAGAUCCAAAAAUUCAUCUUUCUUGAGAUGGGCAUGGCCCAGAAGCAGGUAAGCCCAAGCCAGGCCCUAUAAAUUGGAGCUGGGUUUGGGACUGGAGACGCGUUCGGGAGCAUCGAAUAGCAGAGAAGAGAAGGGAAGCGAAGAGAAGGGAAUCGAAGAGAAGGGACGCGAUCUAGGGCUUUGUUGCAGCCAUGCCGAAGAACAAGGGAAAGGGAGGGAAGAA